UAUUGCUUUUGCUUGAGACUUUUUAAGAUUUGGAAUAAUAUUUUUCUGUAGACACUGUUAAUUAAUGCUUCUGGUAUUAACCGUGAAUAUCUUAAAUAGAUAGCAGUGAAAAAAUGGCAAUGAAUGGAAUUUUGAAUAAGGUGAAAAAAGUAUUAAAUGUCUUCUAUGUACAACAGAGUCCCUGUGGCCACUCUAGCCGUGUGGUGAAAUGUUGGAGAUGGAACAUAAAUGAUAUUUUUGAUAAUCGUCAUAGUAAAUAUGCAGUAGUAGUUUUAAAUCGUACAAUUACCCAAAAUCGUGAGGUUAUCAAGCGAGUUUGGAAUAAUGGAUGUUUACUUUUAGCUUCAUUAAGGAUGACAGUAGAUGGAGGGACAGUGCAUUGGGAUAAAUUUGUCAAAAGUUUACCAGAAAAUGAACAAAAGAUAAUGAAGCUGCCAGACAUGAUAACUGGAGACUUUGAUUCAAUCACUAAGGACAUUCUGCAGAAGUAUAAAAAUCAAGGUUGUAAGACAAUACACACUCCAAACCAAGAGCAUACAGAUUUCACGAAGGCAUUGAUUGAGCUCAAGAAUUAUUGUGAGGAGCAUAAAACAAAGAUGGAUGACGUCAUAGCUAUAGCACAGAGUUCAGGCAGAAUAGACCAAAUUCUAGGCAACAUUCAAACAUUGUAUCUAGCCAAAGAAAAUAAUUUAGUCCAUUCAAAUACUGCAGUCUAUAUAAUGUCAGAUGACACUCUAUCUUGGCUUCUUCAACCAGGAGAUCAUAUAAUAGACAUUCCAGAAGAAAGUAGAAAACAUAAAAGGGGUUGGUGCUCUUUGGUACCUGUAGGAGGGGCCUGUGCUAAUGUUACCACUAAUGGCCUCAAGUGGAAUCUAGACAAUCAAGAGCUGAAGUUCGGUAAACUGGUGAGCACUUCAAACGCUUUCGACGGGUCUGAAUUAGUGAAAAUUAAGUGCAGUCAUAUAAUUCUGUGGUCCAUGAAAGUCCCUAGUUUAGCAAGUGAAUAAGUAAACAAUUCAAUUUUGUGGAUUGCUAACGAACGUGGCUUCGUUAUACAGUUUUAUGUGUUUUAAUACUUACGUAUGAGUAAAUACUCACAAUGGUAAUGAUAUUAAUUGCAUGAUAAUUUAUAGGUUCCUUUUUUUUUAAAGAAUGACGUAUACCACUCUGUUGGGGGAACGGAGUGGGGGGUAAUGCACGCACUAAUAAAUUGUGUCCUCGAUGAACUUCUAGGCGGUCACAGUAAAUAUAUUAAAGCAUUAUGGAAACUAUAAA